GAGAGUUAGACGGUGUGAGUGAACUGCUGAGAAAGCUCAAUACCAGGAAAAGUUGACGGAGCAUGAAACGGAGUGGCAAACCAUCGGAGACAUGAUCUUGAAAAGAGUCAGAGAGUGGGCACGAUUGAUCUUUGAAGCGGAAGAAGGUUAUUUCAACGACGUCGAACUCUCAGAGCUAGAGACUACCGUCGAGGGAGCAUUCGAGCGCUGGAAGCAGUGGAGACGUGAAAAAGAUGGCGAAUCAACGGCAGUUAUUGCUGAGGCGACUCCCGGCCUCAACGUGGAAAACAGAGGCCAAUAUCCUUCUUUGGGGCAAAAGUACCGCCUCUUCAAUCACUUGAAUCCCGCAGAAAGGAACAUCGUCAUCUCAAAGCUUUUCCGCAACUCACAAGGCCUCCUUGAUUCAAGAUUCUCCAGCUUCGCCAUUCAUUCAGGACUAUUACUUUGGGGACAACCGCAAACAGUGGUUGGGGGUUCAACGGCCAAGAAGCUUACUCGAAGCACUGUUCCACAGCAGGACGCUAAUGCCCAGGGUGGUACCAUCAUCCAAAAAGAGUACUCGUGCCGUUCCGCGGCCAGAAAAGGCACAUGGAAAGUCCGACAAGUCUUCAAUAACCGCGACAACAAGUUUGCUAGAGGGAGGGGAAGACCGAAAGAACACUUUAGCUAGGUGAUGUAUCACGAAGAUAUUGACCCACUAGAGACCGUUGUACGAUGUAGCAGGCUGAAUCCGUCGAAGGGAUUCUAUGAACUCACAUUGACGAAAUAAGCACUAGUAUUGAGUUCUCAUUCUCGUUUGCUGCAAUCUCCGGAAGGUUUGCCCUGGUAUACCGCAUAUGUCGUGCUGAUAAGUCUCUAGGAUCUCCUCUAUGAGAAUCGUUACGAUUAGUCUAUGCACUGCCGUCC